AUGUCAUAUCUUCGGUCACUGCCAGUGUACUUCCUCGAAAUUAGUGGUACAGCCUUCAUUGCACCAUCAGCCCGCCCAUGGGUACUGCUCAACCAGUGCCAGGCACGUCCAUGCAUCACAUCCAUAACUGCUAUAUGCAUCCUCGAGACCUUCUCACUUAUACUCUAUAUGUCGACUUCAUUGUUUGAACGAUCCCUCCAGGAUCGUUCCCCUGUGGGUGGGGAUACCGAUGCAGAUGUUGAUGGCAAGAUCAUCACCUCUCCUCGACCUACCAAUAUAGCAUCAGGGGAAUAUAAACGGCCUCCUAAACACGAACUAAGGCACCUGGUGAUUGUUUUGGUACCAAGGGGUUCCUAUGAAAUUUUUAAUGUUCACUCUCGAUUGACCGAUUGA